AUGUCAUCUUUUGGAACAUUAUUUAAAGUUACUACGUAUGGGGAAUCUCACUGUAAAUCAGUUGGUUGUAUUGUUGAUGGGUGUCCACCGGGGAUGUCAUUAACUGAAGCAGAUAUUCAACCACAAUUAACUCGUAGACGUCCAGGUCAAAGUAAAUUAUCAACCCCAAGAGAUGAAAAAGAUUUAGUUGAAAUACAAAGUGGAACUGAAAAUGGAUUAACUUUGGGUUCACCCAUUGGAAUGAUUGUGAGAAAUAAGGAUCAUCGUCCUGGUGAUUAUAGUGAGACCGAUUUGUAUCCAAGACCAAGUCAUGCUGAUUGGACCUAUAUACAAAAAUACGGCACCAAAUCUAGUUCUGGAGGUGGUAGAUCAUCUGCUAGAGAAACUAUUGGUAGAGUUGCCGCUGGUGCCAUUGCUGAAAAAAUCUUGGCCAAAGUAAAUAAUGUUGAAAUUGUUGCUUUUGUAAGUUCUAUUGGUGAAAUAUCUAUGAAUAAGUCUCCUCAAGAUGCAAAAUUCCAACAACUUUUAAACACUAUCACUAGAGAACAAGUUGAUAGUGUUGGUCCAAUAAGAUGUCCCGAUGAAAAUGUUCGUGAAGAAAUGGUUAAAGUGAUUGAAAAAUAUCGUGAUGCUAAAGAUUCCAUUGGUGGGGUUGUCACUUGUGUUAUUAGAAAUUGUCCAAUUGGUUUAGGUGAACCAUGUUUUGAUAAAUUGGAAGCCAAAUUAGCCCAUGCCAUGUUAUCAUUACCAGCUACUAAAGGAUUUGAAUUUGGGUCAGGAUUUGAAGGUAUCAAAAUCCCUGGAUCAAAACAUAAUGAUGCAUUCUAUUAUGAUGAAAAUUUCGGAAGAUUAAGAACUCAAACAAACAACAGUGGUGGUAUUCAAGGAGGAAUUUCAAAUGGUGAAAACAUUUAUUUCUCAGUGGCCUUUAAAUCAGCUGCUACUAUCAGUCAAGAACAAGAAACUGCUACUUAUGAUGGUAAAAGUGGUGUUUUGGCUGCCAGAGGUAGACACGACCCAAGUGUCACCCCAAGAGCAGUUCCAAUCGUUGAAGCUAUGACUGCAUUAGUGUUAUGUGACGAAUAUAUGAUUCAACAAGCUAGAACUUCAACUAGAUUAUUAGUGCAAGACAAUUAA